AUGUUAGUAGCUGGCGAAAUACAAUAUGAUUUUUCUUUUCCUCGUUCAAUUCAAGCCCGGCAUAGUUCUCUUCCUGAAUUGAUUGUAACACAAGAUACUCAUCAGCCCAACAAUGGCAGCAGCAUCAAUGGCCCUCUCCUCUCCUCCCCUUCACUCGCUGGAAAGGCGGUGAAGCUAACCCCAUCCUCCCCUGAGCUCAUGGGCAAUGGCCGAGUUUCCAUGAGGAAAACCAGUAGACCUGUUUCGUCCGGAAGCCCAUGGUACGGCCCGGACCGUGUUAAAUACUUGGGUCCAUUCUCUGGUGAGCCCCCAUCCUACUUGACCGGUGAGUUCCCUGGUGACUAUGGCUGGGACACUGCUGGCCUCUCUGCAGACCCAGAGACAUUUGCCAAGAACCGUGAGCUUGAAGUCAUCCACUCCAGGUGGGCUAUGCUUGGAGCCCUUGGAUGCGUCUUCCCCGAGCUCUUGGCUCGCAACGGUGUCAAGUUCGGCGAGGCUGUAUGGUUCAAGGCUGGAUCUCAGAUCUUCAGCGAGGGUGGACUAGACUACUUGGGCAACCCAAGCUUGAUCCACGCACAGAGCAUCUUGGCUAUCUGGGCAACUCAAGUGGUGUUGAUGGGUGCUGUUGAGGGUUACAGAAUUGCUGGAGGGCCACUCGGUGAGAUCACUGACCCAAUCUACCCAGGCGGAAGCUUUGACCCAUUGGGCUUGGCUGACGACCCAGAGGCAUUCGCUGAGUUGAAGGUAAAGGAGCUAAAAAACGGUAGGUUGGCUAUGUUCUCAAUGUUCGGAUUUUUUGUCCAAGCCAUUGUCACUGGAAAGGGUCCAAUUGAGAACUUGGCCGACCACCUCGCAGAUCCCGUCAACAACAACGCCUGGGCAUAUGCCACCAACUUUGUUCCCGGAAAGUGA